AGUUUUGCUGUUGAAUUUAUAGAAUGAAGUUCUCAGAAAAGAUUUCUUUAAUUGCUUGAUUCCUCUUUUCCUUUCCUUCCUAUUUCUUUUGAGUAACCACUUUUGUUAUAUUUUUUAGCUAUAUUUACUAUGACAGCUGAAAUUCUCAUCUGGUUGUCAGGAAGAUUGGACCUCUGUGGCCCAGUGGUUUCACAUGUUUUCAAUCUUAGGGGUAUGUGUAUAUUUAUUACUUCUGCUUUCAUCUAGUUAAGUGGUAGAACAAUUUACUCUCAGGCUGGAUUCUCAUUUGUAAUAUGUUUUAAGAAAAAUAUUGCAUAGGAUUUCUGAAAAAAAAAAGCAGAAGGUUUCUUCUCAAGAUGGCUUUGGGAACAUAUUAUGCUGAAGUGAAUUUCAAAAAUGAAUUGAAGUCCUCAGGCACCAACUCAAAUUCUCCUGCAGAUCCCAGGGAAAACACCAUUCCUCUCCAGAGUAAUUUUGGUUUUUCCAAGCUUCUUCUUGCCUUGUUGUUGAUACUUUUCCUGCUGAAGGAAAUCUUAUUGUCUGUGUCUUUUAUCACUUUCUUUCUAAAAAAUUCUCAGCUGCUCAAAGAAAAAAACUAUGAAAGUUCUACAAAAGAAAUGAUUCAUACAAAUUUGGAGUGUGUAAAAAUCAAUUCAACCAUGAAAGGAAAAGUCUGGAGCUGUUGCCCAAAGAAUUGGAAGUCAUUUAGUUCCAGUUGCUACUUUAUUUCUUCUAAACAAAGAUCUUGGAAGGAGAGUCAGGAGAACUGCUCUAGAAUGGAGGCUCAUCUGGUGGUGAUCAACAGCAAGGAAGAGCAGGAUUUUAUCACCUGGAAUUUGAAUAAAUCGCAUGCUUAUUUUGUGGGGUUGUCAGAUCCAGAGGGUCAGAGACAUUGGCAAUGGAUUGGUCAGACACCAUACAACGAAAAUACCACGUUCUGGCAUCUAGGUGAGCCCAACAGAGUCCAAGAGCGUUGUGUUGUGUUAAAUUAUCGUAAACAAUGGGGCUGGAAUGAUAUUUUUUGUGCUCAUGUUCAAAGCUCAAUUUGUGAAAUGAUGAAGAUCUACUUAUGAAUCAAACACCUUUUUCAUGGACAUGUUAUUGGAUUCAUGUCCAUUGUUCUAGAGAUAACUAUUAAGUUCCUCUUUAUGUGAAAGAAAUUCCAUAGACUUUUAAGUAUGUUGUUAUUUUACUUUUUGAGAAAACUGUUUACAUAUUUAUUUGUUUAUUCAUUCAUUUGCUUAUUCAUAAAAUGACAUUUUCUAUAUGACAAAGAGUACACUGGAGACCUAUUUUGUGCAUACAUAGAAUACACUUGAGCCUGUUCCUUAAUCUCUGUCUGAAUGCUAAGGGUAUAUUUAUGGACAUAAAUUAUAUGAUGUGGUUUGUCCACUUAUCUGUUUUCCCUUCUCCCCUCUUGGCUUUAUUGAUGCGUAAUUUGGAAAUACAAAUUUUAUAUAUUUAGGUUACAAAGUAAUGAUUUGAUAUUCAUAUAUACUGUGAAAUGAUUAUUAUAAUCUAGUUAUCUAACCUUCCAUUACUUAACAUAGUUUACAUUUUUUUGUGUUUAGUAAGAAUACUUAAGAUCUUUCUGAAGGAGACAAAUUUAUGCUAUGUGCAUUUAUGAACAUAUCACAAUGAAUUCCACUAUUAUGUAUGCUUAUAAUACACCAAUAAAAAUUAUAAAAAAGCAAA